GCGUUGAGAUGGUUCAUGCAAUUUGGUCUUUGAAUUAAUACUGCUUUUGGUGUUUACCCAGCUCUAAUGUAUAGAGAGAAUUGCAAAGUCGAACUUUGCUUUCAAACUGUAUGAAGUAAAUGGAGAAGGUUAGACUGCCCUUAAAAUCUUUUGAAGUGGAAGGUGGAGACGAUGUUUGUGGUAAUGGGAGCGGUGAGGUGGUUUAGGGGAUAGAGGUCGACAGAGGUGGGAUGAAGGGGUGGUUAUUGUUAAGGCAAAAAUAGGCUGGGGAUAGAGAUUCUAAACCAAGAUUUGAUGUCCAUGGGCUAUGCUUACAGAUUUGAAUUUUUAGUAUAUAGUUUCAUCAUCAUGUGCGUGGAACGUGCAUAAAACGGAUAUGGCGCCAAAAUCAUCGGCUGCCUCUCAAAAAUGUGAAUUUGUUACACGUGCGCAUCUAUCUCCAACUCUCCACGCCCAGAGUUGGUUCUCAUAUCAUAUAACAUUUUACUAUUUUCACAACAUCCAAUUUCCAGACUACCUAUGUAUAUAUCCUAUAACCGAACAGUUCGAAACCCCUGUUCUUUUUUAAAAGAAAAAUAACUAUUAAUUAUUUAUGAGCUAUUACAACUAAAUUUAUCAUGAAAUGUAUCCAUUUAACUUAAUGUAAUCUAUUCCAUAUAUAAAAGAAAUGGCACGAUAUAUCACACACAAACAGACACACACACAUAUAUAUAUUAAGUGAAAUAAAAAAAAAAUUAUUAGAUGUGGAACAGAAAACUUAUUAUAUAUCUUGUUAAAUUAGAGAAACCUAAUAGCACCAAUAUGUACAGGCAGUAAUGAGGAAGCCGGAAUGCUGAAUUAAGGUUGAUCGGACCUAGACAUUUGUGCUUAGCUAUAACAAUACGACAAUAUUAUAAUGAAGUGAAUGUUGGUUAAACCAAAUUAUCAGGCUUGAACAGCCAGGGGUGUGUACUAAUAAUUAGUUUUCCAACACUAAACCAUGUGUCCAACUCUUGCAACGAUUUACCACUGUGCAUCAGUUCACAACUGGACUCACUGUAAUAAAAUCUUACCCCGCAAGCCCAAUCCCGGCAAUGUCAGUUUCUAAAGUUAAUGACCAGAGAUUCUUUGCCUGGAAACUCUGCUGUCAUAAUAAAGAUCUCUUCAGGCAGCAGUAUUUUUACUGCUGCUGUUGCAGUUAAGAAUUUCAUCGCAGUCAAUGUAGUCUGUUAUGGCCUUUACGUCCACCUUCUGUCUCAGUCUCAGUUACUGCAGGAAUAAAAUAACUGAGCAGUAGCUGUUUCUUUUCCAACCUUUUCAUUAAAGUCAACCGUGGACAACAUAAUAAUUAGGUCCCAUUCAUCCGCAAGAAGACACUUUCAGGAUUUUGGGCUUUCAUUUUCACCCUAAUCACACUGGAAUUUGGCCAAUUCUUGCCAUUUUUCAUCUGACAAUGAUUGCUUGAAAGACUUGGAAAUAAUGGGUUCAAGAAGUUAUAUGGGAGUAGCUUUUGUUUAUUCUGGAUGCAUUUAGUAGUUCUACUCUUGUACACUAUCUGCUGCCAAGAUUUCAAGCAUGGAAUGCAAGAAAGAGAAGCAAGUUAGGUUUCAAGAUGAAGAAAAACAGAAUCUUGAGGUGUUCAGGGAGAAGAAUGGGGCUCAAGGCCGUGAGAAGCAACUGCCUCUGUAUAAAACUUCAGCCCCUUUGCGGAAAUCUGAAGGUGGAUAUGCAGACAAGAUUCCUAAGUUUGGCAGGUCGAAGGUUUUCCCAGAAGGUCAUGAGCCAGAGAAGAAGACAGUCCUGGACCCUGGAAGUGAGACUGUCUUGAAAUGGAACAGGAUUUUCUUGUUUUCUUGUUUGGUGUCACUCUUUGUGGAUCCCUUGUUUUUCUACCUGCCUUCAGUUCUAAAUCAACACAAUUCUUCAUGUAUGCAUAUAGACAUAAAUUUGGGGAUAAUCGUUACCUGUGUUCGGACAGUGGCCGAUAUAUUUUAUCUGUUACAUGUGAUUAUAAAGUUUAGGACUGCUUAUGUGUCUCCUAGCUCAAGGGUGUUUGGCAAAGGUGAACUUGUUAUGGAUCUGAACAAGAUAGCAAAGAGGUACUUGAAGUCUGAGUUCUUCAUAGAUGUGAUCGCCGCUCUGCCUCUUCCUCAGAUUGUAAUAUGGUCCAUACUACCGGCAAUCAGAAGCACCCAUGCUGACCAUACCAACAAUGCGCUGGUGCUAAUCGUCCUGCUACAGUAUAUUCCCAGAUUAUAUCUGAUCUUCCCAUUAAGUUCUCAAAUUAUCAAGGCUACUGGAGUUGUCACAAAGACAGCCUGGGCUGGUGCAGCAUACAAUCUGCUACUAUACAUGUUGGCAAGCCAUGUGUUGGGGGCUGCCUGGUAUGUGCUGUCAAUCGAGAGACUUGCAAUAUGUUGGAAAUCGGCUUGCAAGGCUGAAUUUAGAAGUACUGGAUGCUCUCGUAAUUUCCUGGAUUGUGGUACUUUGACCCACAGUGACAGAGCAAAUUGGGUGAACAGCACGCUUGUCUUCACAAACUGCAAUCCUGAUAAUACUACUUUCUUCAAUUAUGGAAUAUUUGGAAAUGCUGUUGCAAAGAAUGUCGUCUCCUCUGAAUUUCUGAAGAAGUACUUCUACUGUUUAUGGUGGGGUUUACAGAACUUAAGUUCUUAUGGUCAGACAUUGUCGACAAGCACUUUUAUUGGUGAAACCUUGUUCGCCAUACUCAUAGCCAUCUUGGGGCUUGUUCUGUUUGCCCAUUUGAUUGGAAAUAUGCAGACCUAUCUGCAAUCUAUCACGGUGAGGCUUGAGGAGUGGAGGCUUAAACGGCGAGACACUGAGGAAUGGAUGAGGCAUCGUCAACUCCCAGAAGAUCUGCAACAACGUGUCAGGCGCUUUACACAGUAUAAAUGGCUAACCACAAGAGGAGUCGAUGAAGAAUCUAUCCUGCGUGCCUUGCCCACAGAUCUCCAUCGUGACAUUAAGCGCCACCUUUGUCUAGACCUUGUUCGUCGUGUCCCCUUUUUCUCUCAGAUGGAUGAUCAGCUUCUGGAUGCAAUAUGCGAGCGUUUAGUUUCGUCCUUAAGCACCCAGGGGACUUACAUUGUUCGUGAGGGUGAUCCUGUGAGUGAGAUGCUCUUCAUCAUCAGGGGGACGUUAGAAAGCUCGACCACCAAUGGAGGCCGAUCGGGAUUCUUCAACUCCACAACAUUGAGGCCUGGUGAUUUUUGUGGGGAGGAACUGCUGUCAUGGGCUUUGCUUCCGAGGUCUACACUAAACUUGCCUUCUUCAACAAGAACUGUGAAAGCCCUAAGUGAAGUGGAAGCAUUUGCACUAAGAGCAGAGGACCUUAAGUUUGUGGCCAACCAAUUCAGACGGCUCCACAGCAAGAAAUUGCAGCACACGUUUCGGUAUUACUCCCACCACUGGAGGACGUGGGCUGCCUGUUUCAUCCAGGCGGCCUGGCGUCGACACAAAAAGAGAAUGCUGGCGAAAAGCCUAAGCAUGCAGGAGUCGUUUAAUUCAUCACAUGACGAGGAAUUACCUGAUGAAAGUGAUAAAGAGGAGGCACCAAAAACCGUUGAUUUGUCUCAGGUGAAACAGAAUCUGGGAGUGACAAUACUGGCAUCAAGAUUUGCUGCCAACACAAGGAGAGGAGCUCAAAAGAUUAAGAACGUUGAAUUGCCUAAGUUGCAGAAGCCUGAGGAGCCAGACUUCUCAGCUGAUCCUGAUGAUGAUUAGCCCAACUCUACCUUACUCAAAGUAACCUGAACAUCACGUCUUGUUCUGUUUCUCUCAGACUGUCAGACAUUUCAAGGUGCAUUUCACAGUAAACUCAAAAGACAAGAUGCACACGAGUAUUUUUCUGUCCAAACGAGGCAGGAA